CUGAAAUCGAAGGGAGUGACGAAAGGAGAUCGUGUCGCGAUUUAUAUGCCAAUGAUCCUGGAGCUUCCUGUUGCUAUGUUAGCUUGCACCAGGAUAGGUGCCAUUCACAGUGUAGUGUUUGCAGGAUAUUCGUCGGAUUCGUUAGCGGACCGUAUCUUGGAUUCGAAGGCGAAGGUUUUGAUUACGACCGACGGCGUGUGGAGAGGGGAAAAGCUCCUUCUGUUGAAGGCCAUCUGUGAUGAAGCUUUAAACAGGGUUAAGAACAAUGGCCACAUGGUCGAGUGUUGCGUAGUGGUCUCCCACCUGAGGAGAGUCAGUAGUCCAAAACAAAAAACAAGCGCAGUGGGUGGAAAGGCAAAUGGCGUGAAUGGUAAAAGCGAUGGAAACGGCAUAGCGGGUCCACAGAUUCCAUGGGACGACGAUCGAGACGUUUGGUGGCACGAGGAAAUGGAGGACGCGGAGGAUAAGUGUUAUCCCGUGUGGAUGAAUGCGGAGGAUCCACUGUUUAUUUUGUACACGAGUGGCUCCACGGGAAAACCAAAAGGCGUUCUCCACACCACGGCUGGUUACUUAAUUUAUGCGGCCACGACAUUCAAAUACGUCUUUGAUUACCAUCCCGCUGAUGUAUACUGGUGCACGGCUGACGUUGGAUGGAUCACUGGCCAUACUUACGUAGUGUACGGUCCCUUGGCGAACGCAGCUACUUCCGUUAUCUUUGAAGGCACACCCUUUUACCCGGACAACGACCGUUAUUGGUCCGUCGUCGACAAGUACAAAGUCACGCAAUUUUACACGGCACCGACCGCCAUCAGAUCGUUGAUGAAAUUCGGGGACGAUUUGGUGAAGAAGCAUAAUUUAUCGACUUUAAAGGUAUUGGGUUCAGUCGGUGAGCCGAUCAAUCCCGAAGCUUGGCUUUGGUUCUACAAUCUUGUUGGUCAUGGAAAGUGUAGCAUAGCCGACACGUUCUGGCAAACGGAAACCGGAGGUCACGUGAUCACUCCACUGCCCGGUGCUACGCCAAUGAAACCAGGAUCUGCGUCGUUUCCUUUCUUCGGGGUCUUACCAGAGCUCUUGGACGAAGAUGGCCGAUUGAUCGAAGGCGAAGGAGAGGGAUACCUAGUUUUCCGUCAACCAUGGCCAGGAAUGAUGAGGACCCUUUACGGGAACCAUCAACGCUUCCAAAACACUUACUUCGAUCGAUUCCAUGGAUACUAUUGCACAGGCGAUGGUGCUAAACGUGAUGCUGAUGGCUAUCUGUGGAUAACCGGCCGCAUCGACGACAUGUUGAACGUUUCCGGUCAUCUAAUGUCCACUGCGGAAGUAGAGAGCGUGUUGACUGAACAUUCAUCGGUAGCUGAAGCAGCGGUAGUCAGUAAACCACAUGCUGUGAAAGGACAAUGCCUCUAUUGUUUCAUAACACCAAAUGAGGGUAAAUCGUUUGAUAAAAAGCUUCAAGACGACCUGAAAAAGAAAGUGCGCGAGAAAAUCGGUCCUUUCGCGCAACCGGAUGUCGUCCAACACGCGCCAGGGCUGCCGAAGACGCGGUCGGGCAAGAUCAUGAGACGGAUCCUCAGGAAGAUCGCGGCAGGGGAUAGAAACGUCGGGGACGUCUCGACGUUAGCCGACGAGAGCAUCGUCGACGUCCUUUUUCAACUCAGGCCUCAGGUUUAAAGAAGCCUCGACGACUUAGCCAUCUCCGGAGAAUCUCGUGAAAUGUAGUAAUUUAGACAAAGAAAGAGAAACC